AUGGAGGAUCCGUUUCAGAGCAAACAUGGCUACCUCCCUUCGCUGUACCGACAAGCUACACAACAACUUCCUAGCUCUAAACUCAGGGAUGAGAUUGACACAACGAUGCAUAAAGUACAGGAAGAAUAUAAAGCACCAGCUGCCUCAACCAAAGAAGCCUUCUCAGCAUGUUUUAAACACAUCAUUCCUCACAUUAAGAACAAUCAGUUUGGCCUAGAACUAAAGGAUAUGCCAAUAUACGCUGGGGAUAUUUCGGCGUGGAAACCUUACAAGCCUGAAUGUCCUUGCUAUCUUUUGACAAUGAAGGUCGGUAAAAUCACGGGGAAAGAGCUGGAACCAGGCUAUGUUGUAUUUCCUAUGCCAAAAGUAACGCCAAAAAGUAUAAAAGUAUAUAACCUGGACGUUCGGUCAGAGGACAAGCAGCAUUUGUGUCCAAAGAAAAUGUACCUUGCCUUAUUCCAAGUGUUAGAAACUGGAUUGGAUAAAUUGCGAACAAUUGUUGAAAAGGAGAAAGCGAGAAGCCGACUUAGUCGACGAUCAGAUGCUACUGUUAGAACAGACGCAAGUCCAAGUCGGCGGACUGAAUCGAAGCGCAGUCGUAAAAAGUCCGACGCAAGUGCGGCGUAUAAAUCAUCAGAUGAUGAUCCUGACAAUCAAAGGAAGGAAAUUCCGAGUAGAACUAGCAUUCGCACAAACAUCAGCCGUCAAAAGUCAGAAAGGUCGGCGAGUCGGACGAGCACCUUGACCAAUCAAACUGCCACAACAACUACCAUUGAACCUCCGAACGGCGCCGUUAAUGGCGCUACACACGGUCCAUCUCAAGGGAUCCUCCCCCAGUUAACAAGCGAAAGCAUUCAUAGAGCUGAAGCAAUGCGUACAAGAAAACGAUCUGAUGCUAGUUUCAUAUCGGACAAAAGCCGUCCAAUGUCCGACUUGACUUUGUUGCAAGUGCCCUUCUCCUUAGAAUCACGUUCAAGUCGACGAACUUCGACAUCAGAGCUCCGCCGACCCCCGUCGGAGGUAACAGUUAUACUGGUACCACAACCUACAGAAGAGAAAAAGCCUGAACCAGCUGCCAAGCCACCAAUAGACAAACCGAAGAGGCAGCCAAAGCCAGUGGAGAUAAUAGAAGUUCCGGAUAUCAGUUUAAUUGAGGAAGAAGACAAUCGAUUCUUGCUUAUGACUCUUAAAAACGGAAACGAAAUAGAACUCAUACCCACCAUUACUGCCUCAAACGGAGGGGGUCCGUUUUUCGUGGCAAAACCGCACGAGAAUGACGAAAAUGGCAGUUCAGACAUUCGAUGGAGAAUCAGUUUUGCACCAAAUGAAGAAGUGAUUCUAAAAGCUAUUACUUCGGGUGACAAAAACCAACGGUUAAUGGCAGCGAAACUCGUCUCCAACAUGUGUCAGAAGGAGUGGAAACUCCGCUCCAUCACUCCUUACCAUAUCAAAACUGUGCUGCUUCACGACAUAGACUUCCAAGUGGAUAAUACACCACGCUGGCAACGCUUUUCUAUCGACGAGUGCGUGCGGAACAUCCUGCUCAGGCUCCUAAGUUUUAUUAGAAGUAAAAACCUGCCUCACUUUUUUGAGAAUGAGUUCAAUCUCUGGGGACAUAUUUCCCCUCAACAAUUUUCAAUAAUGAAAAAUGCCUUAGAAAGGAUAAUGAGAGACGAAAAAGAAAUCAUCCGUGUUCUUAAAAGAAUGAGGAUUCCUCCUACUAUCUUUUCAUAG